GGCUGAGAAAACAGAGGUACUCAGUGAGGACCUGCUGCAGAUCGAGAGGCGCCUGGACACUGUCCGGUCCGUGUGCCACCUCGCACAGAAGAGACUCAUUGCCUGUUUCCAGGGCCAGCAUGGCACAGACCCUGAGAAGAGACAUAAAAAACUUCCUCUAACAGCUCUGGCUCAAAAUAUGCAAGAAGGAUCCAUCCAGCUGAGUGAUGAAACUCUGCUGGGGAAAAUGUUGGAUACCUGUGGUGAUGCAGAGAACAAACUGGCCAUGGAGCUCUCCCAGCAUGAAGUUCAGAUUGAAAGAGAAGUCCUAGACCCGUUGUGCCUGCUGACAGAGACAGAGAUCCCCAACAUUCAGAAGCAGAGGAAGCAGCUUGCAAAGCUGGUGCUGGACUGGGAUUCUGCAAGGGGAAGAUACAACCAAGCCCACAAGACUUCAGGAACAAAUUUCCAAGUGCAUCCUUCCAAAAUAGAAUCUCUUAAGGAAGAGAUGGAUGAAGCUGGAAAUAAAGUCGAGCAAUGCAAGGACCAGCUAGCAGCAGACAUGUACAGCUUUGUGUCCAAGGAAGGGGAAUACGCUCGCUGCUUCGUCAUGUUAUUAGAAGCACAAGCAGAUUACCAUAGAAAAGCAUUAGCAGUCAUAGAAAAGGUCCUACCUGAAAUCCAAGUCCAUCAAGACAAAUGGACUGAAAAACCAGCGUUUGGGACUCCCCUGGAAGAGCAUCUCAAGCGCAGUGGGAGAGAAAUCGCAGUCCCCAUCGAGGCCUGUGUCAUGAUGCUGCUGGAAACAGGGAUGAGAGAGGAGGGCCUGUUCCGAAUCGCUGCUGGAGCCUCCAAGUUGAAAAAGCUGAAGGCUGCCCUGGACUGUUCGACUUCACAGCUGGACGAGUUCUACUCCGACCCCCAUGCUGUGGCAGGGGCCCUGAAAUCCUACUUGCGGGAGCUGCCGGAGCCUCUGAUGACCUACGGCUUGUACGAGGAAUGGACACAGGCUGCAAAUAUUCAGGACCAGGAUAAGAAGCUACAAGAGUUGUGGAGGAUUUGUAACAGAUUACCUAAGCAUUAUUAUGCUAACUUCAGGUAUUUAAUCAAAUUUCUAGCAAAGCUUGCGCAGAACAGUGAUGUUAACAAAAUGACCCCCAGCAACGUCGCCAUAGUCCUGGGCCCCAACUUGCUAUGGGCAAAGAACGAAGGAUCCCUUGCUGAAAUGGCUGCAGCAACUUCAGUCCAUGUGGUAGCAGUUAUUGAGCCAAUUAUUCAGCAUGCAGACUGGUUUUUCCCUGGAGAUCAAGAUUUCAAUGUGUCUGGGGCAUUUGUUGCAGUUCCUGCUGUUAAUUCCAACCACUUGUCACACUCUGGGAACGACUAUGAAUGUGGGACACUGGAGAGGAAGAGACCUGUCAGCAUGACUGUGAUGGAAGGGGAUUUGUUGAAGAAGGAAAGCUUUGGUGUGAAGGUUCUGGACUUCCCAGCGAACCCUCGGAGAUGUGGCACUGUAAACAGAAAGCACACAUCCCCGGCCUUC